AUGAAGAGAGAAGUGCUACGAUAUGGUAGCUUCGCGUGGGCUCUCAUCAAUACCCUCGGAGCGGGAUCGAUCACAGCGUACUCGUUAUACGCUCCAUUAUUCCAGCGUCGACUACACUACAGCCAGCUGCAGGUCAAUGGAGUCUCCAUCACUGCUGAGCUGGCCAUGUACCUACCCGUACCGCUAUGGGGAAUCAUGUGCGACCGCUUUGGUCCCGGUAUACCAUCUCUACUUGCGGGUGUGUUCUUUGGCUUGGGAUAUCUGUUGGCAGCGUUCGCGUACCAAAGUGGUCCUCAGCCAGAGGGCUGGCCAUACUGGAUCAUGAUUGUCUCGUUCAUCUUCAUUGGUUCAGGAACAUCAUGCAUGUACUUGUCUGCGGUGACAACCUGCGCGAAGAACUUCGGACGUGGCAAAUACAAGGGCAUCGCACUGGCUCUUCCAAUUGCAUGCUUCGGGUUGAGUGGGAUGUGGCAGUCGCAAGUUGGAAGUCGUCUUCUGUACGAGCCGCUACCGGAUGGACGAAAGGGAGAUGUCGAUGUGUUCCGCUUCUUCAUCUUUCUGGGCUGCUUCCUCCUCAGCACGGGCAUCGUUGGCUUCUUUGCACUCCGCAUCGUUGGCGAGGAGGACCUGAUCGAAGCGGCUGUCGAGGAAUUGGAACAGAGUGGACUUCUUGAGGACAGUCAAUUCUUCCACCGCCCUGGUGUCCCUGUCCAGAAUGGCUACGGUACCGUAUCCGAAGAAGACAUGAGCGACACGCAUCGAGAAGCGGUCGAGCGCAAAACCCGCCUGACAGAAGAGCAGCGCAUGAAGACCUGGCUCCUUAACGCCGAGACCCGUCGCUUCCUCUCCGACCACACAAUGUGGUGGCUCGCUGCAGGCUUCUUUCUCGUGACCGGACCCGGCGAAGCCUUCAUCAACAACUUAGGCACCAUCAUCGAUACUCUCUACCCUCCUGUUUCGCUCCCGGAAGGCUCUCAACACACCACAGCCGCGACGCACGUCUCCAUCGUCGCCAUAAUGAGUACAGUCGCCCGUAUCCUCACCGGCACUCUAACAGACAUCCUCGCUCCCACAACGCCACCCCAUCAACAUCGCCGCGGCCCAAACUCAAUCGCCAACAGCAUGGCCUCCCUCCCACCCCUCACGGAACCCAAACGCGGCCUCCAAAUCUCCCGCAUCACCUUCCUCAUCGCCUUCUGCAUUCUCAUGUCCAUCGGACAACUCAUCCUCGCCAGCGGCUUCGUGCAAGGCCACGGCGAUCGAUUCUGGUUGGUCUCUGCAUUCAUUGGCGCGGGUUACGGCGCGGCGUUCAGUCUCACGCCCAUCAUUGUCAGUGUGAUCUGGGGCGUGGAAAACUUCGGCACGAAUUGGGGUAUCUGCGCGACGGUGCCGGCGUUUGGAGCGACCGUUUGGGGACUGAUUUAUUCCGGGGUGUAUCAGUACGCGGCGGAACAUGAUACUUUGGAGGGCGCAGGGGAUGGGCAGGAUCGGCUUUGUUAUGGGACAAGUUGCUAUGCGCCGACGUUUUGGGCGAUGGCGGUUUGCGUGUGGGUGGCGUGUGGGUUGUGGUUUUAUGCAUGGCGAGGGCCUGGCGGGUGGUCGAGACGAGGAGUUGCAGUAUGA